ACAAACUUAUAGUUAUAUUUCUUUUCAAGCUCAACGAUUAGAACGACUUCGAAAAGAGAGGCAAAACCAAAUCAAAUGCAAAAAUAUUCAGUGGAAAGAAAGAAAUUCUAAGCAAUCAGCCCAAGAGUUAAAGUCACUGUUUGAAAAAAAGUCCCUCAAAGAGAAACCUCCAAGUUCUGGAAAGCAGUCAAUAUUAUCCGUACGCCUAGAGCAGUGCCCUCUGCAGCUGAAUAACCCCUUUAAUGAGUAUUCCAAAUUCGAUGGCAAGGGUCAUGUAGGCACAACAGCCACCAAGAAGAUUGAUGUCUACCUCCCCUUACACUCAAGCCAGGACAGACUGCUGCCAAUGACUGUGGUGACAAUGGCCAGCGCCAGGGUGCAGGACCUGAUCGGGCUCAUCUGUUGGCAGUACACAAGCGAAGGACGGGAGCCGAAGCUCAAUGAGAAUGUCAGUGCCUACUGCCUGCAUAUUGCUGAGGAUGAUGGGGAGGUUGACACAGAUUUCCCCCCACUGGAUUCCAAUGAGCCCAUUCAUAAGUUUGGCUUCAGUACGUUGGCCCUGGUUGAAAAGUAUUCAUCUCCUGGUCUGACAUCCAAAGAGUCACUCUUUGUUCGAAUAAAUGCUGCUCAUGGAUUCUCCCUUAUUCAGGUGGACAACACAAAGGUCACCAUGAAAGAAAUCUUGCUAAAGGCAGUGAAGAGAAGAAAAGGAUCUCAGAAAAUUUCAGGCCCUCAGUACCGCCUGGAGAAGCAGAGUGAGCCCAAUGUCGCCGUGGACCUGGAGAGCACUUUGGAGAGCCAGAGCGUGUGGGAGUUCUGCCUGGUCCGCGAGAACAGUUCAAGGGCAGACGGGGUUUGUGAGGAGGAUUCGCAAAUUGACAUAGCUACAGUACAGGAUAUGCUUAGCAGCCACCAUUACAAGUCAUUCAAAGUCAGCAUGAUCCACAGACUGCGAUUCACAACCGACGUACAGUUAGGUAUCUCUGGAGACAAAGUAGAGAUAGACCCUGUUACGAAUCAGAAAGCCAGCACUAAGUUUUGGAUUAAGCAGAAACCCAUCUCAAUCGAUUCUGACCUGCUCUGUGCCUGUGACCUUGCUGAAGAAAAAAGCCCCAGUCACGCAAUAUUUAAACUCACGUAUCUAAGCAAUCAUGACUAUAAACACCUCUACUUCGAAUCUGACGCUGCUACCGUCAAUGAAAUCAUGCUCAAGGUCAACUACAUCCUGGAGUCACGAGCUAGCACGGCCCGGGCGGACUAUUUUGCUCAAAAACAAAGAAAACUGAACAGACGCACGAGCUUCAGCUUCCAGAAGGAGAAGAAAUCAGGGCAGCAGUGACAAUGGCCUCCAGCCUCAAUCUGCUCCGGAGCUCAGAGCUGCGCCAGGGCCAGCUGGCCAGCGCCCACCUGUCCUGCAGUCCUUAGGGCAGGGCUGGGGGGCUCCUGGGGCAGGGCUGGCACCUUAGGACGGGGCUGGGGGCAUUUCCCCGGGCCGCCCGAGUAGCAGCGGCUUUAAGUAGCAGUGCCCAGGCCGGCGACCCAGAGGAGCCACCGCUGCCCGCCCCCCUCACUGCCCGCCCGCCGAGAUGUACAUAGCCAUGCCCACACAUUUCCUUACAACUUGAUCAAAUUUCUUGAAGAACAAAAAUGUACAUUUCUUUUUCCUUUUAAUAAACAGGUGUCCUCUUUCUUACGGUUGGUAUGACGGACCAUUCUUUGGGGCAGAGGAUUGAUUAUGUUAUUCGCUUUAAAAUCUGUUCCCAUAUUGAACAGGCAGAUUGGAAAAGCCGUGGCUCGAUUUCUCAGAAGAAAUGUUUAGGGCUUAGUCAAUAGUUUUAACUCUGCCAUUUGUUUAAAUGAGCGCAGAGCUCUGAGGACAGUCUCUCACUAAGGUCAGGAAGGGGACCUAGGGGUGUGUGUCCGCGGCGGCGCCAUUUCCCCUCAGCAGCCUCUCCCCCAGCUCGGCCCAGCACCUCGGACCUCAGGGGGAGCCGGGGGCGAGGGAGCCGGGCUUCAGGUUAUGCUCGGCUCCCGCCAGGAGUGGUCUCCAUCCUUAAGUAGCAAGUGUCCAUUUCAACUAGCGAUAGGCCUGCCUGUGGGUUUUCCUGGCGCUUCCCCGCCUGGGAGGCCUCGGUUCCCUUCCUCCCUGUCCUCACAGCCAGGCGAGGAGCUGCUCUCCCCCACAUCGGGGAGCAGUGAGCAGACGUGGGGCCCAGGGCGGGAGGCACAGCCGCCUGGCCACACUGAUGCUUCUGCGGUCUUACCCCCUCCGGGUCCCCCCGCACCCACCCCAGGCCCAGGGACCAGGUGUUGCAUUGAGGACCUGCCUUUCAAACACUUUUUUAAAUUGUCCAGCGAGAGAUGUGACCAAAACAGCAUCUCAAAGUGGAGUGUGUUUCUUUGCACAGGGGUCAUUUUAAUGAAUUCCUCUUUCCUUCUGAGGUUUGCUCAGCCAACA